CCAGUGAAACGCCUAGCUUGAAACACGCAUACGCCAUGAGAGCCCGAGUUCGAAAUCAAGGUGUACCACUCAUCAUGUGUAUGCUGCUGCUGCUGCUAGUGGCAACAGCCCAAUGCAGAAACGAAGAUGAGUCGGAUUUUAGCACAGAGACUGAGACUGAGACUGAGUACACAACAACGCUGGCAUCGGUCGAAUCGUCAACCCAACCGAAUAACGAUAAGCAAUUGGUGUAUAUUGAAAAUCUGCAGAAGAAUUGCCACCUGAAACGGGGCACUGUUCGCUGCAGCGGCUUCAGAUUCGAUGACAUCGAGAAAGUUGCGUUCUUUUCGCUGCCGACGCAGGUUCGCAUAGCGCCAGAUGGCGCCACCUAUGAGCUGGGCGACAAACAGCACCUGGGCACACUCAUAAUGGAAAAUUCGACGUUUAUCAAUUUUCCACUACAUUUGUUCUACGAGCUGCCUCUGCUCAGUGAAGUUGACAUGAGAGACUGCGGCAUGCAGUAUGUUAGCUGGGAAGGUUUUCUCGCAGCGAAUAAAUUGAAAAUAUUAUUGCUGUCUGGCAACGCCAUCAGUGAGCUGGGUGAAAGCAGCUUCAGUUAUGCCAGCGAACUGGAAUUUCUGUUCCUCAGCGACAACAAACUGAGCAGCCCACAUCCGGAUGCUUUUAAGGGUUUGCAAAACUUAAUUCAUCUCGAUCUAAGUGACAAUCAGCUGGAAGAGUUGCCAGAGCGCAUUUUUCAUGAUCUGGCAGCGCUGCACACGUUAAUCAUUUCGGGGAAUCGAUUACGCUUUAUCAGCAACGGACUGCUGACCCAAAACACAAGGCUCCAGACUGUGAUCUUGCAAGGGAAUCAAUUGCAACAGCUGGGUGAAUAUGCAUUUAGCUCGGCGCCACAUUUACUCCAUCUGGAUGUCUCACAUAAUGCACCGUUAGAGGUGCUCGUGCUUAACCUCAACGUAGUCAACCUGAGGGCACGCAAUUGUUCUCUAACUCGCGUGAAUCUCUUUGGUGCCGUCACUAAUGUGGAUUUGAGCGACAAUCGAGUGCAGGAGCUGUAUUUCUCGACAUCGGAGCUGCUAGAGGAUCUGGUGUUGCGCAACAAUUCGUUGGGGCAGCUGGCAACGCUGUCGCGAGUGCCGCGCCUGCGCCAUCUGGAUGUGGGCAACAAUCCGCAACUGGGGGAGCUACCCACCGAUUGGCAGAAGCCGCACCUGGAGCGCCUGGACUUGAGCAACACUGGACUGCAGCAGUUGCCACAACAGCUAUUAGAGGACAUGCCCAAUUUGCGGAAACUCAACGUGUCGAACAACAAAAUCAGCGACAUUGAUCCUCACGAUUUUAAACGAUUGUCGCGACUUACGCACUUCUACAUACAUGCAAAUAACUGGAAUUGUUUCAGCCUAAGGAUGGUAAUGGAUGUGCUCAUACUGCAGCACGGUAUUACGUACACCCCAGAUAAGGUUGAUGACGACUUUAUGGGCAGCUAUAUCAAAGGCAUUGCCUGCAUGUACCGUCUGCCCGAGAGAGAGCAACUAAAAUCUCAGUCCGACACAGAGUCGUCGGCCAGCGUGGAGUAUUCGCAGCACAGCGAUCGGGAUGCAACAUCAGACGUGGAGAUGUUGCGUAGGGAGUUCAAGGCUGUGGUGCAGCACUUGGAGCAGAAAUUCGAUAGCGUCUUCGCUCAGCUGAGUAGUCUUAAUGCUAAAAUGAACAGCUUGGAGCACAUGAAUAGCUCCUUGUGGAACCAGUUAACAAUUACAGUGUAGAGCUCCAUGUAAAUUCUCAAUUGAAUGUACUUUAUACUUUAUAUAUUUUAUUUGAUAAUAAACAGUUAUUGAACUUA